AUCUCGUGUUAUGAUGGAAAUGGAAAGAAUUUAAAAAAAAAAUAGUACUAAUCAUACCAACAACAUAUGUCUUAUUUUUGGGUGCUUAUUACUUAGAAACUCCUUGGUAAGCGUGUUGGACUCAGAACAAUUAUAGGAUGGAUGGCCCUCUAGAAAGUUCUUUGGGUGCGCACAACAUCUAUGGUCUCAUACUCUCAUUAGCCUCGCCAUUCUCUCCGACCACAAUUCGGCUUCUCAGUACAUGGCCGCCGCAUUUCAAUCCUCUGCUCUGUGCUUCACCGGAGUCUCAGCAUCUUCCGGCCGAAGAAACUUUGGGGGGAGUCAAUUCUCGGGAUCGUCGCCGGCUUCUCAGAGAUUCCGUUCCCGAUCUUCAGCCGCCUUUCCCAGCUCCAGAAUUCACGGAAGAGCAUUGCCAAGCGAUAAUGUGCCUCUUGAAGAGGAUGGAUCUCGACUAGUGGUUUGUUUUGGGGAGAUGCUAAUCGAUUUCGUCCCAACCACAAGUGGACUUUCUUUAGCCGAAGCACCUGCUUUUAAAAAGGCUCCAGGGGGUGCACCAGCUAAUGUUGCUGUUGGCAUAUCUCGCCUAGGUGGUUCAUCGGCUUUCAUAGGCAAGGUCGGUGAAGAUGAGUUUGGCUUCAUGCUUGCCGAUAUUUUGAUGGAGAAUAAUGUGAACAAGGAAGGGAUGCGGUUCGAUCCCGGUGCUCGUACUGCUUUGGCAUUUGUAACACUUAGAAAGGAUGGGGAGCGUGAAUUCAUGUUUUACCGUAAUCCUAGUGCAGAUAUGUUGCUGCAACCGAAUGAACUUGAUUUUGAAUUAAUUAAGAAGGCAAAAAUUUUCCAUUAUGGUUCCAUAAGCUUAAUUACUGAGCCAUGCAAAUCAGCACAUGUUGCUGCAGCUAAAGCUGCAAAGGAUGCUGGUGUAAUUCUGUCAUAUGAUCCGAACCUGAGGCUUCCGCUAUGGCCAUCAGCAGAAAGUGCCAGGGAAGGAAUCUUUAGCAUAUGGGAUACUGCUGAUAUUAUUAAGGUUAGUGAAGAAGAGAUUUCAUUUCUGACACAAGGAGAAGACCCAUAUGAUGACGAUGUUGUUCGUAAACUUUACCAUCCAAACCUCAAAUUGCUCCUUGUCACAGAAGGUCCAGCAGGUUGUCGAUAUUACACCAAGGAGUUUAAUGGAAGAGUUGCGGGGUUGAGGGUGGAAGCUGUGGACACUACUGGUGCAGGAGAUGCCUUUGUUGCCGGUAUACUGUCACAAUUAGCAUCCGAUGAAUCAUUGCUUCAGAACGAGGGGCGGUUGAGAGAGGCUUUGAGUUUUGCGAAUGCUUGUGGCGCUUUGACUGUGACAGAGAGAGGCGCAAUCCCCGCCCUGCCCACAAGAGAAGCUGUCCUCAGCGCCAUGCUUCUCAAACCAGCAGCAGCUUGAGAGAAUGCAUGCAACUGAAGCUGAUGUUGUACCUCUGUUUCACACUUCUUUAAGGUAAGCGACAUUUUCAGACAUGCAUUGUAAUAAUAUUUGCUGGUUUUCCUCCCUUGUGGAUGUUACAUGUGUUCUUGAAAUCAUUAGGCUGUAAGUGUGGCAUAGAGCCUGGAUAUGUGGAGGAAAAAAAGAGGCUUCCAUAGGAGGAGCCCUAGCGUCUAAGGUGGGGUUUUUUUUGGUCAUGAAUGCACCACAAUGUAGGAUCUGCAAUGUUGAAAUGGUAAGGAACCAACUCAACCAAAAGCUCUAGUUUGUGAUUGUAAGCUCGGAAAAUAUUUUGAAAUUCUAAUUAGUCCAUCACAUGUAGACAUGGUCACUUCGGCCUGGAUCACAUGUCAAAGAAUCAACUCAACCAAACAUUCAAAGUUGUGGUUGUAGGUCUAGAAAAGAUUGUUAUAUUCUAACAUAAAUGAAUGACGAGCUUUAGU